AGGCAGGGCCGGGGCUGCAGCUAUCUGAGUAUCACCCGAGCUGCUCCCUCCUCCACCGCAUCACACAGAGCUACUGGCACCGGGACCUACCGGGCAAUGUCAGUUCGUAUCGUCUGGCUGGGGGAUGACCGAGAUAGGCCGUGUGAAGAUCAUGCAAGGGAAGACCUAGUCCCAUUUUACCUUGGAAGAAGAGCUGCGGGUUUACAGACCGAGAACAGACAUCCAGUCUUCACCAUUUACCAAGCCAGGGUUUUGGGGGAUAUCCAGAUCGUGUGUCAUGAGUGUCUUGGAUGGAACAUUUUUAAUGGGGACCAGUGUUCUCAGUAUGUAGUUGGGGAAGCAGACAUCAUCAUAUUAAAAUACUCUGUCAGCGAAAAGAUUUCAUUCCUUGACAUAAAGGACAAUUUCGCUCCAUUGGUGAAACGGAAAUCACUUCAUCGCUUUAUUCCUGUGAUUGUUGCCGCAGUUGGAGCAGCACACAAUAAUGGUCCGUCCUGCACAUGUCCUCAGUGCACGUCGGACAGGGGGAUUUGCGUUACUACUUCUGAAGGAAUUCAGCUUGCCAAGGACCUAGCAGCCACUUUCCUGGAGCUGCAUGCGGUCAAUGACUUCUAUGUUGGAAUGUACUUCGGAGGAAUGUUGGAAUACUUUAUACGUCAGGCUUUCAAAGACAAGUCCGCAGUGAAGGGAGAGAGGAAAAACCGAAAUAAAUGUUGCCUUCCAGUUAAACCCCCAGAAUUAGAACAGCCAGAAAAGUUACCAGUAUUGAAGGACGAGCCCUCACAAUAUGAGUCGGACUUUCAAGGCCUAUUGGUGCGCUGUCAAUGUGUUGAUGUGAUAUUUUGCGGAUCAGACAUGGACGAGGUGUCGGCAGCUCACCGGAUUGUCCUGUGCAGUAUAAGCCCUGUGUUUAGAUUCCUAUUUAAUAAAAAGGAUACCGGUGACUUUGGAGACCCCGAUCUACCAGUGGCUAUAUAUGAUCUCUUCUCUCUGUGUACAGAGGAUGAUAACACAGCUCCCAGCUCCCCUGUAAGGGUUAUUGUUAAGGACCAUCUUUUCAGUUCAUGUUUAUCAGACAUUCUGCACUUCAUUUAUUCAGGUGCAUGUCAGUGGGGGCUGCUUGAACAGUGCCUUAGAAAAACGAUGAAAGAUCCCGCAGGUGUUGUACAUGUCCUACAGAGAGUCCGAUGGAUAGUAAGAGAAGAAAAUCCAUCAGAUCUGUCUGCAGGUUCACCGACCCUCUCUCAUUCUCUGGGACACUUUUUUAACACUCCUGUUUUAGCAGAUAUAAUCUUCUAUGUCCAAGGCUUUACGGUCCCUGCUCACCGCGCUGUGCUCAUAGCUCGAUGUGAGGUCAUGGCCGCUAUGUUCAGUGGGAAUUACAUGGAAGCGAAGAGUUUUCAGAUACCGGUUUAUGGUGUUUCGAAGGACACCUUCCUAAUAUUUCUAGAAUACCUUUAUACUGAUUCCUGUUGUCCUGCCAGUAUUCUACAAGCCAUAUCAUUGUUGGUGUGUUCUGAGAUGUACCAAGUGCCAAGACUUCAACACAUGUGUGAAUCGUAUAUCAUCACCCAGCUCCAAAACAUGUCCAGCCGGGAGCUUUCAACAACCAGUUUCAGUGUUGUUCCGUUGUUGAGGAAGGCUCAGUUCCAUCAUUCAGAAUGCCUUUCAACAUGGCUACUUUAUUUCAUUGCCACAAACUACCUAAUCUUCAGUCAGAAAAAAGAAUUCCAAGAUCUGACACCUGAAGAGCGUGCUUUCAUUGAAGCGCACAGAUGGCCAUCGAGUGUCUAUUUAAAGAAGCUAGCAGAAUAUAGACUGCAUGUACACUCACAAAAGCACAGGUGUGCUAUGAUGUAGCUUGGAAACACCACGUGGACUUGAUAUAUGAAGCAUUUACCUGCCUGCGCUACAGUUAACACAGCAACGGCUGACCUGGACAACUGCAGAUGUUUGAGAAAUAUAUGUGCAUGAUGCUUAGACAUGGUUGCACGAACCCAGCUAUUGUAAAUCUGUGAAUGGGCAGAGGUUUGAAUUGCUGAACGCAUCUUGGAGCACAGAUUAGCCAUACACUGCCAAAUUUUCUGGUAUAUCCAUUUUUAUAAUAGAAUUGUAUUUUUGCUGCGCUCUCUGUUAUUUGAGGGUCAUGGAGAUACUAUAAAGAUGAACAUUUGGCGAGAGAAAACACAUUGUUAAUAUAGUUCAUCUAGAUUUAGCGUUCAACCUUUUACGUUUUGUUAAAUCUAUUCCUAUAUAUUCACGGUAAAUUUGUUAAAUUCCAAUGCUUUGCUCUGUCUGUGGCAUU